AUGGAUGAAGAGGAGUUUGAGAAUUAUCCGUGGGGGCGUGUAGCUUUCAAGAACCUGAUGAAGCCGUCAAAGAAGCAGAGCUAUGGAAGUCCGGGUAUGUCCUGGAUGGGUUUGUUGAGGUUCUACAAUGAUCACUUCAUUAUGGUGGAGAGAGACUUUGUUUACCUAAAGUGGGAUGAUGAUAAAGAAAACCUGCUCGUAGAUAAUCUCAUCAAGGCGAUGUAG